CCACAAUCAAUGGCACAAUGGCACGAGCUGGCGGGCGGGUCGCCGUGGCUCGCCAUCAUCAUCAUCAAGUGACCACCUCGCUGCGCUGCUGCGCACGAAAGACGCACGCACGAGCGAGCGAUGAUGUACGAGCACGCACGAGGGUGAGCGGCCGUGAGCAUGGCAUGUCGUCAUGGCACGAGUCGUGGCGGGUUGCUGUGGCCCCCAAGAAGGAUAUAUAAGGCGGGGUGUGGUCCGCCUCUUGUCUUCACAACAUCAACACUCUCUCCUCUUUUCUACUACCACCCCCACCACACAACAACAAAUAGCAAACAUGGCCGACGCCGGACGCCAGUCUCUCACCGACAAGGCCGCAGCUGCCGUCAAGCCCGACUCGCAGAAGACGUACCUCGAGCAGGCGAGCGACGCCGUCGCCUCCGCCGUCGACUCGGUCGCCUCUGCCGUUCAGCCCCAGCAGGAGAAGUCGCUUGCCCAGAAGGCCGGUGACGCCGUCUCGGGCAACAACACCAACCGCGACGUCUAAAUCGACUCUUGUCUAGUCUUUCUUUAGUUUUAGUGCCGGAAUGAAGUUAUGCAGUUGUUCACCAUGUACAUA